AUGAGAAGAAAACGCUAUUACCAGUUGUGUGUGUGUUCAUGUGUAUUAAUAUACAUUUACUACUUCUUUGGUGUUAGUGACUAUAUAUUUAGCAGAAGCUAUGUAAACAAUUUUGAUUAUCCACUUAAUGUUGACGUCCAACCAAUAGUAGAGAAAAUCUUAUCUGGUAAAAAGCCCAAUGUUAAACCUAUUAACUACUAUCCAUACAGGUUUUUGACUAAUUCAGGAAAAUGUUCUACAUUAGACCGUUUAGAUCUUUUUAUUAUCGUUAAGUCUGCCAUGAAUCACUUUGAACAAAGAUCUGCAAUACGCCAAACAUUUGGGAGAGAAGGAAUUCUACCUGGGAAAGAGAUCAAAACCCUUUUCUUCCUUGGUGUAGGUGAAUCACCAAAGUCAAUGACUCAACAUCAGAUAGAUGAAGAAAUGGCUAAAUACAAAGAUAUAAUACAAAUAGAUUUUCUUGACACAUAUUUCAAUAAUACUAUAAAAACUAUGAUGGCAUUCAGAUGGUUGUAUGAGCACUGUUCUACUUCUGAUUACUAUCUCUUUACAGAUGAUGAUAUGUAUAUCUCUGUAAAGAAUUUAUUAGAUUAUGUCCACAGUGAGUCAGAGGGAGAUAGACAGUUGUUUGCUGGUUAUGUUUUUAAAUCGGCACCUCAGCGUUACCAUUCAAGUAAAUGGAGAGUUCCUCUAGAUGAGUACCCAUGGGACAGAUGGCCACCUUAUGUGACUGCUGGGGCUUUUGUGGUCACAAAUAAGUCAAUGAAGUACUUAUAUGCUGGUAGUUUAUAUGUCAAGCAUUUUCGGUUUGAUGACAUUUAUUUGGCGAUAGUAGCUAAGAAAGUUGGGAUAAAACCAGUACAUUGUCCGCAGUUCCAUUUUUAUAAGAAGACAUACACAAGAGAUGGAUAUAAAAAUGUGAUUGCAUCUCAUGGAUAUAAUAAUAAGAAUGAGUUGCUUAAAGUGUGGAAUGAGCAAAAUACACAUUGAAAGCUAUCUUAGCAUAAUAGGAUAAGAUAAAAUGAAAUUACUUUACCACAAUGCAGAAUUAUGGCAUAUUGUUUACACAAAAUUUAACAUGUACUUGUUUAGUUGUUUAAGUUGAAUAAUGUAUGGAAGACCUAAUCUCAUAAUAAUUAUUUGUAUAUUAUAUUAAAUAUAAUUUUAUGUAAGUUUUAUUUUUAGGAAUAAAUUUAUCUUAUUUUGUAUCUUGCAACAUAGUGUAAUAAAACUAUUAAAUGUAUAAUAACAUUUAUUAAACAUAUUAGUCAUAACAAAUAUAUAUACAUCACAAUAAUGACAUCCAGACAAAACAUAAUUCACAAAAAUAUUUAACAAUUUAUAUUUAAUUCUAAAAAUAUGAUGGUUGUCAUGGAAUUAUAGUAAUUGAUUAUAAGGACUGAUAAAGGUAAAGACAAGUAAAAAUCACAAAGUAUUUUCCGUCAGUCCUUUCUAUUUACUGCAAAUGCUUAAGUAAAUGCUUUUUACAUAGAUCAAUUACAUUAUUAUGUUUACUAGCUAAUUGCCAUUUCAGGUUAGGAUUAUAAUUGGAUGUGUCAAUAAAGUAUUUAGUUCAA